GGACGGCUGUCCAUUUUGGGCUUCAUAAAGCCAAAUGACUGGGUUAGCGAUGCUAGUUUAGGUAACAUGGUCUGGAUGCCUACCUACUUCGUACAUAAUGCACAUACCAGACCUGGCAACUGGCCUUCUGGGUUUUACCACCCAGACGUGGCCUCCAUUUCUUCACCUGAAACCAAAACAGACAUUGCCGGAAUCCGAGUCCUAGCUAGGAAGGCA